GCUCAGGAACCCAGAAGCCCCGGGUAUGAGCCACUUACCUCACGUCUUCUUCCAGUUGGCCGCGCAGGUUCUGGAGAAGAAGAACGUCGGCUUCGGGCUUCUAGAUUCAAAGAAAAAUGCAAAAGUUGCAAAGAAACUUGGGUGCACUGAGGAAGAAAGCCUUUAUGCCUUCAAAGAGGACAACAUUAUAGAGUUUGAUGGGGAGCUGUCGGCUGACGUACUGGUGGACUUUCUCUUGGAUUUGAUUGAGGACCCUGUGGAGAUCAUCAAUGAUAAAGCAGAGCUGAGGGCACUGGAUCGGCUGGAGGAAGAGACCAGAGUCAUCGGCUUCUUCAAGGAUGAAAACUCAGAACAUUACAAGGCCUUCGAGGAGGCUGCGGAGAAUUUCCAUCCAUACAUUAGAUUCUUUGCAACCUUCGACAAGUCGGUGGCGAAGUCCCUGACUCUGAAGAUAAAUGAGGUGGACUUCUACGAGCCCUUCAUGGAUGAGCCGAUCACUAUCCCCGAGAAGCCGUACACCGAGGAUGAGCUUGUGGACUUCAUCACGGCGCACAAGAGGGCCACCCUGAGGAAGCUGCGUCCUGAGGACAUGUAUGAAACCUGGGAGGACGAUCUGGACGGAAUUCACAUUGUGGCUUUUGCUGAGGAGGAAGAUCCAGAUGGUUUUGAAUUCAUCCAGAUCCUGAAGGAGGUCGCCAGAGAGAACACGGAGAACCCCAACCUCAGCAUCAUCUGGAUCGACCCCGAUGACUUCCCUCUGCUGGUGACAUAUUGGGAGAAGACGUUCCGUAUCGACCUGUUCCGGCCACAGAUCGGGGUGGUCAAUGUGACAGAUGCGGACAGUGUCUGGUUGGAAAUGGAUGACGCUGAAGAUUUACCGUCACCGUCUGAACUGGAGCAGUGGAUUGAGGACGUGUUAUCUGGGAAGGUGAACACUGAAGACGAUGAUGACAAAGAUGAUGACGAUGAUGACGAUGACGAAGACGAAGACGACGACGAUGACGAUGAUGAUGACGAUGAUGAUGAUGACGAUGAUGAUGAUGACGAUGAUGACGAUGAUGACGAUGAUGACGAUGAUGAUUAAAACCUAAGACUUACCGGGAGCCAACUGGUCCUUAUAUCCUAUAGCGUGUGAUGUAUGAACGCGCAUGUUAUGGACCUUAUAUCCGGAUGGCGGUAUCAUACGUUAUUGUGACGGUCACAUGGGACAAUCUGCAAUCAUUUUGUUACUUCUCUAUAAGAUGACCACGAAUGAGCCACAGAUCCAGAAUCAGGAGCCAUGUGAUCAGUUCAGGCAGCUCUCUAAAUCUUCUAAAUGAAAUGGUAAAAAUAUUCAAUAAAUAUUCAUUGG